AUGGCGAUGCCUUCCGUGUUGAAGGAUGAACAGGGCCGCCCGUUCAUCGUUGUUCGAGACCAGGGAAAGAAGAAAAGACAGCACGGCACCGAUGCCGUUAAAGCACACAUCGUCGCCGCCAAGACUGUGGCUAACAUCGUGAAGACCUCUCUGGGUCCUCGCGGUCUCGACAAGAUUCUGAUCUCUCCCGAUGGUGAUAUCACGGUGACCAAUGAUGGCGCAACUAUCCUGGGCCAGAUGGAAAUUACAAACAACGUUGCCAAACUUCUGGUCGAGCUCUCGAAAUCUCAAGAUGAGGAAAUUGGCGAUGGAACCACAGGUGUUGUCGUCCUGGCGGCGGCUAUGCUCGAACAGGCGGCCGAGUUGAUCGACAAGGGAAUCCACCCCAUUCGCAUUGCAGACGGCUACGAUCAAGCGUGCGAAAUUGCCAUUGCUCAGCUGGACAAGAUCAGCGACGAGAUUCCGUUCACCAAAGACAACACCGAAAACCUGCUCAAGGUUGCGAAGACCAGUCUGGGUAGCAAAAUUGUUUCGAAAUCCCAUGAUCAAUUCGCCAAGAUCGCCGUUGAUGCGGUACUCUCGGUCGCUGAUCUCGAGCGAAAGGAUGUCGACUUCGAACUGAUCAAGGUUGACGGAAAGGUUGGAGGAGCUCUGGAGGACUCCGUGCUCGUGAAAGGUGUAAUCGUCGACAAAGAUUUCUCCCACCCACAGAUGCCCGACGAGGUCACAGACGCGAAGCUGGCCAUUCUGACCUGCCCGUUUGAGCCCCCAAAGCCGAAGACCAAGCACAAGCUCGACAUCACAUCCGUCGAAGAAUUCCAGAAGCUGCAGAACUACGAGAGGGAGAAGUUUACAGAGAUGAUCCAGCACUUGAAAGACUCGGGUGCCAACCUGGUCAUCUGCCAAUGGGGUUUUGAUGACGAGGCCAACCAUCUUCUGCUCCAGAACAAGCUGCCCGCUGUCCGGUGGGUUGGUGGUCCUGAGAUCGAGCUGAUUGCCAUUGCUACCAACGGCCGCAUUGUUCCCCGUUUUGAGGACCUGAGCCCAGAGAAGCUGGGUACGGCGGGUCGCGUGCGGGAGAUGACAUUCGGUACCACACGGGAGAAGAUGCUUGUGAUUGAAGAGUGCGCCAACAGCCGGGCGGUGACGAUCUUCGUGCGAGGAAGCAACAAGAUGAUCAUCGACGAAGCUAAGCGUUCGCUACACGAUGCCAUCUGCGUCGUCCGCAAUCUGGUGAAGGACAAUCGGGUUGUGUACGGGGGUGGUGCGGCCGAAAUCGCUUGCUCUCUUGCUGUGGAGGAUGCAGCUGUGAAGAGCCCCGGCAUUGAACAAUACGCCAUGCGUGCCUUUGCCGAUGCGCUGGAUGCCAUUCCCCUGGCAUUGGCGGAGAACUCUGGUCUGAGCCCGAUCGAGACGCUUGCCGCGGUCAAGUCGCGCCAGGCUCGGGAGAAGAACUCACGGCUGGGUGUUGACUGCAUGCUGACGGGCAACAACGAUAUGAAAGAGCACUUUGCUAUUGAUCCUUUGAUCGGUAAGCGCCAGCAGCUUCUGCUCGCUACCCAGCUUUGCCGCAUGGUUCUCAAGAUCAACAACGUGAUUAUUUCGGGUGAUGAUAGCCAGGACUUUUAG